UGUUCCAUUAAUUUUUAUCUCAUGCCACUACAAAACACCUACGCCUUUAACAGAUAUAUUGGAGGUCGUACUGUAUGUUAGAUUCUGGCACAAAUAAGCAUCACUACGUUCAUAGUCCUCUUCCUUAUCUCUUUUCCCUUUCUCAUUCAUUUCAUUCUUUUAUAUAUGAAUCUUUUGUGGCCAAGGAAUCAUUCUUGCAACUGCGUAGGAUCCUCUUUUUCCCUAUGUAUUAGAACCCUAAUUCGCUUCGUGUAAUGUGAUCAAGCUUUUCCUGUACCUCUCUCCAUGGAAAAGAAGAGUGGCACCUCAUGGUUGACAAUAGUGAAAAGAGCAUUCAGGUCUCCAAUUAAGGAGAAUGAGACAAAGAGUAGCAGAAGAAGAGAAGAACAUGUGCAAGAAGAGGAAGAAAAGAAAAGAGAGAAACGAAGAUGGCUAUUUCGAAAGACCAACAGCAAUAGCAUUCAUGUUCAGCAAUAUGAAGCCAAGACAGUUACAAACACUAAUGAUGCCGCUACUAAUACAAUACCAGUCAGUCCUGCUUUAGGUGCUCAGCAAAGCCAUGCAAUUGCAGUAGCAGCAGUCACAGCAGCCGCAGCUGAAGCAGCAGCAGCCACAGCCCAAGCAGCAGUGGAAAUUGUUAGGCUCACUAGGCCUUCAGGUUUCGUUCGAGAACGCCGGGCUGCUGUAAUCAUUCAAACAGCAUUUAGAGGCUACCUAGCAAGAAGAGCUCUACGGGCACUUAAAGGGCUAGUGAAGCUUCAAGCUUUGGUUAGAGGACAUAAUGUUAGAAAGCAAGCAAAACUAACACUAAAGUGCAUGCAAGCUUUGGUUCGAGUACAAGAUCGGGUUCGAGACCAACGUGCAAGACUAUCACAUGAAGGGAGCAGAAAGUCCAUGUUUGCUGAAACCGAUGGCUUGUGGGAAUCUAGAUAUCUUCAAGAAGUCCGAGAGAGGAGGUCCCUAUCCAGAGAUCUAAGCUUUAUUCUAGAUGAUUGGGACGACCGCCAAUAUACAAGUGGAGAGCUUGAAGCCAUAGUGCAAAAUAAAAAGGAAGCUGCUUUGAAACGUGAAAAGGCACUUGCUUAUGCUUUCUCUAGCCAGAUAUGGAGGUCUCGAAGGAACCCAUCAGCCGGGGAUGAGAAGGAGCUAGAGGAAAGAACAAGAUGGCUCGACCGAUGGAUGGCUACAAAGCAAUGGGAAAGCAAUAGUAGCAGAGGAUCAACUGACAGAAGAGAAGCAAUAAAAACUGUAGAAAUCGAUACUUCAAGACCUUACUCUUAUUCUACUCCAACUUCUUUUGUUAGAAGGUCUCAAUCUCAAAACCACCAACAGAAACAACCCUCUCCUUCUCUCCUUAGAGCUCCAGUACAUCACAAUCUAUGUCUCCACCAAUCGCCCAUAACACCAUCUCCUUGCAAAACCAAGCCCCUUCAAGUGCGGUCUGCGAGCCCUCGAUGCCCAAAGGAAGAAAAAUGCUUCUCAGCAGCACAUACACCAAGCUUAAGCUCCAGAUAUCGAUAUGGAAUGGGUGCAAGUGGAGUGAAUACUGCUGCUGCAAUCCCAAACUACAUGGCAGCCACCGAAUCUGCAAAGGCAAGGGUCAGGUCCCAGAGUGCACCAAGACAGAGGCCAUCUACGCCUGAGAGAGAACGCGGUGGAUCAUCAUCAGCCAAAAAACGAUUGUCGUAUCCAGCUCCUGAGCCACAUUGUAGCAAUAUAAUUGGGUGUAGUAAUAGUAGCUUUAGCCAGAACUUGAGAAGCCCAAGUUUCAAGAGUGUGCAAUGUGGACUUCUUGGAAUGGAUCACCGAUCAAACUAUUCAUUUUAUACUGAAAGUAUUGGUGGUGAAAUAUCUCCCUGUUCAACUACUGAUCUAAGGUGGUUACACUAAUCCAAAUUCUAUUAAUUGUAUUGACUUAGAAGUUGAUUAAUCUUAGUUACUAUUGCUUGUUUCCGUUGACCA